AAAAGGGCGCGGAACUAAAUGUUAACGUACCGCCUCUGUCGGAACUUUAUCAUGGGACACCAGGCGGAAGCGGUCCGCGGUAGUUUUUUGGACUGAGCUGUAAGAUGGUUGUGUAGAGUCCCGGAUAAAUAUCUGAGCUGUUGAAGUAACAAUGUCUGGAUCUGAGAGUUUGAGAGAGUUGAUCAUCGAGCGACUAACUGCUGCUGCUGAAGAAAUAUUCGGACUCUUUGAAAGAACUGUCGUCCAGUACGAGGAAGAGAUCGAUCGUCAGCGCAGACUGCUGGAUAUCACCCGGAAACCUGACAUAGAGUUACACAGAAUAGACGUCCGACAGCUUUAUGUCUGUGAGGGUGAAGAGGAGGAGGAGGAGGAAGUUCUCACUGACCAGCAGCUCUGUAACCAGGACAGGAACUCCAGUCUGGACCAGGAGGAACCAGAACCUCCACAGAUUAAAGAGGAACAGGAGGAACCAGAACCUCCACAGAUUAAAGAGGAACAGGAGGAAUCAGAACCUCCACAGACUAAAGAGGAACAAAGGGAACCAGAACCGCCACGGACGAAAGAGGAACAGGAAGAACCCUGCAGCAGUCAGCAGGUGGAACAUCUUGUACUAAAGCAGGAGGCUGAAUUCUUGUUGGAGACUCCUACUGCUGCUCUAACACCAAACGGUGACCAGCUCCUCUCUCAUGACUGUGUUGUAGCUGAGAGCCCAGCUACAAGAGAGAAAUUCUGUGGGAAAAGUCUCAUUAACAGUUCUCGUGUAACUCACAGAGGUGAGUCCUUCCCUUGCAAAAUUUGUGGUAAAACCUUCAGUCGCAAAUGUCGUGUAAUUCUCCACAUGAGGACUCACACUGGCGAGAAGCCCUUCCCUUGCAAAAUUUGUGGGAAAGCCUUUAGUCAAAAUGGUAAUUUAAAGGUCCACAUGAGGGUUCACACAGGUGAGAAGCUCUAUUCUUGUGGAACAUGUGGUAAAACCUUCAGUCAAAGCUCUAAUUUCAUCAGGCACAUGAAGACUCACACAGGUGACGGUUCGUUUUCCUGAGGGGGAACAAAUCUGUGGGAAGACGAGCUCUAAAAAAGAAGACAUCUUUCUAUUACAUAUUAUAGGAUAUAUCAUUUUAUAAUAGCUGUGUUAUGUAGUUGUAACCAUUAAAGGAUGUCUUUCACCAUAAGAGCAACAAGGAAAACUGUUUUGUUUGGAAUAUAUGACAAUAAGAAACUUCACUAAAUAAAAAAUGUUGAAAUUCUUUUCAAAUUACUGGUGUGUAUGUU